AUGUUGCCGCUUAGGCUGCUGCUGUGUUUAGCAGCAUGCGCUAGUGGAGCUGCAUCUACCGAUCAACGUGGUCAACCGGUAGAUGACACAGCUGGAAAAAGCUCCCUAACCUUUGUUUUUGAUAUCACUGGAUCCAUGUUUGAUGAUUUGGUCCAAGUUCGAGAAGGUGCAAGAAAAAUUUUCCAAACGGUGAUGCAACAAAGGGAGAAACUCAUCUAUAAUUAUAUUAUGGUUCCUUUCCAUGAUCCGUAUUUGGGAGAGAUUAUUAACACCACUGACGCUGCCUAUUUUGUUCGUCAGCUCGGAAAAGUAUAUGUCCAUGGUGGUGGCGAUUGUCCGGAAAAAACGCUUACUGGUGAGAUUUUCAAUUUCACGAUGCAGUUAUCUUAA